AUGUCAUCAGACAAUCACAACGAAAAGCCGAUCGCCGCGUCCAACCCAUACAACGAGGACGAAUGGCAGAUUGUCGACAAGGAAGACACUCAACCUGUUGGUGUGGUAAAUGAAGAGAAGAAAGAAGUGAUUCAGGUGAAAAUCUAUGAGAAGAGUGCUGCGGAGGAGAAAAGAGAAUUAGCAAAGGCAAGAUGGGAAGGCAUGCAGCCGCAAAGGGGCGGCGUGUACCCCAACAGAGAGGCCAAGGUCCCAAGCUAUCCCCAGUUCACUGGAAACUGGUAA